AUGAGCGGGGUCAAAAAGAAGAAGGCCAGACAGAAAACGCUGCAGAAUCUCAAAGGUGCAUUACAAGGGCUUUUACAGAGUCCCAAAAACCGAUCAAAAGUCGUUUCUGAUCCACCUUCUCAACGACAAUCAGUUGCAUCACGCGAACAGACUGCUCCCGUCUUUCACGAAGAACAGCGUAACGAUGCGCGGGAUUCUGUGCCCUCGAACGAAAUCGUGUACGUGAUGUCCAAAGAGGCCCAAUUGAUACCGAAACUAACAGACGAACAAGUUCUGGAACGACACAAGCGAGCAGACGAAAACAUGAAGCGCGCCUGGUUGCACUUGAUCGAGAAAUACGAGUCUAUUGAAGACCAAGGCGAUGUUGUGGAUCUCACGACUGGCGAGAUCAUAGAAGAUAACGGACAUGUCAGAGGACUCAGUGCUCAGCAUGGCUCUACUGCAAGUAAUGGUACCGAUUCCAACUAUGUAAGCGUACUGAGUGACCUCAUCGAGAUCGACAAUACUGCUACGAACAUAUGGAAUGAGAACGAGAACGAGCACGAGGACGAGAAUGACGACAUAUACAACAAUUACAAUGGCGAAAGUGAAUGCGAUAGUGACACAAGUCCAAUUCCUGAACCAGAUUGA